GCCCUCCAACUCCACGUUUCGCUUUUUCUAUCUCUACCCUUCCUUUGACACCUUUUGAACAUUUAUAUAUAUAUAUGACUUGACCCCGUUCAAAGUUCCUCACCUGGAGCAGUCGUUCUUGAAAGCUCUCUUCAUUAGCCUCCCAUUUUUAUAUCUCAAAUUAAUAGACUCCCUCCGUUUAUUAGUUAUUUUUCUAUCCUGUAGAAUAGCAGCCACUAUGACAACGUCGUCUUCACCUUCCAGCUCCAGCUACGCGAAUUCCGAUGGCGAUUCGCCUUCGGAAACAGCCACUGCGGCGUCCCCAUUGCCGUUCUCUAGCUCUACUGUUGUGACUCAAACUCUCCGGCUAGUCGAGUCCGACGACCCGGAUGCCAAAGUCCGGGCAGCCCGGGAGAUCCGGCGACUCACUAAGACUUCCCAGCGCUACCGCCGUCUCUUCUGUAACGCCGUCGCGCCCCUCGUUGAUAUGCUCCGUUCCACCUCCCUUCAAUCUAACCAGGCGGCGCUCCUUGCCCUCCUCAAUCUCGCUGUUAAAGAUGAUGCAAACAAGGCAAGCAUCAUUAGUGCUGGAGCCCUGGAACCAAUCAUAGGAUUUCUUGGGUCGGAGAAUGCGAUUGUGCAAGAGGAUGCAACUGCAGCCUUGCUCACGCUAUCUGCUUCGUCUGUUACGAAGCCUAUCGUCAGUGCUUCCGGUGUCAUCCCGCUUCUCGUCGGAGUUCUCAGACAGGGUAGCCCUCAGGCCAAGCUUGAUGCUGCAAUGACUCUUUACAAUCUCUCCACUUAUCCAACCAACUUAACCCCAAUUCUUCAGAUGAAACCCAUUCCCCAUAUACUCACUUUGCUCAAGUCCUGUAAAAAGACCUCGAAAACGGCUGAGAAAUGUGCUGCUCUCAUAGAAUCUUUAGUUGGGUACGAGGAGGGUAGGGCUGCCUUGACAGCUGAAGAAGACGGGGUGCUUUCGGUAGUGGAAGUGCUCGAAACUGGAUCGCUUAAAAGCCGAGAACAUGCUGUUGGAGUGCUCUUGGUGAUGUGCCAGAGCGAGCGGUGUAAGUAUAGAGAGGCAAUUCUGAGAGAAGGGGCUAUCCCCGGGGUUAUGCAGCUGACGGUUCAAGGAACACCCAAGGGUAAAGGCAAGGCGAAGACACUGUUGAGGCUGCUGAGAGACGACGAGUCUCCUUGCCCGAGGGCUGAUGAGCUUCAGGCCGACACGUUAGAGAACAUCGUUAGCAAUCUUAUAUUCAGGAUGGAUGCCGAGGAACAGCCAGGAAAGGCAAAGGACAAGCUUGCUCAGAUGGUGCAAGUUAGUAUGGAGGAAAGUCUCAAAGUUAUGGGCAUAGGAAAAUAAGAUAGUUAUUGUGACCCUUGUAUUGGUACCAGGUGACUGGUUGAGUGUAUAGUUUUUGAGCUUCAGUUUUCAGUGUUGUACAUUAUUCUUUGUACUGAAGGUUAUAUGGAAUUUGAAGUUUAGUAACUUCUUGCUCC